UUGGACUCAAUCUGUGGUUGGUGCCUGCCAAGAGACUUCCGUCGCCGAGCGCCUCCGUCCCCGCGAUUUAAACGCGAUCGGAUCGGAUCCCCGGAUCCCCACAACCCUGCCUGCCAGAUUCACAUCGCGCACCUCAGCCUCAGGUAGCAGCAGCAGCAUCAGCUUGGGAUCUCGAACCCGAGCAAGAAGAUGGCCAAGGAGGCGCUCACCCUGGCGGAGGUCUCCAAGCACAACACCAAGGACGACUGCUGGCUCGUCAUCGCCGGCAAGGUAUAUGAUGUGACGAAGUUUUUGGAGGACCACCCAGGAGGUGAUGAUGUCCUGUUGUCCUCAACUGCAAAGGAUGCAACUGAUGACUUUGAGGAUGUCGGACACAGCACGACCGCUCGUGCCAUGCUGGACGAGUACUACAUCGGUGACAUCGAUGCGGCCACGAUCCCCGCCACGACGAAGUACACUGCGCCGAAGCAGCCACACUACAACCAGGACAAGACCCCCGAGUUCAUCAUCAAAAUCCUCCAGUUCCUCGUCCCCCUGGCCAUCCUCGGCCUGGCUGUAGCCGUCAGGAUGUACACCAAGUCUGAGUCUUCUUAAUUGGCCAGGUGCUGUUGUUAUCGGGAAAGCUAAACUGAAGGUGUUGGAAUAAGUUAGUAGUAUACUGCGUGAUGAAUUUGUUGCGAUGUAAACUGUGGCUGUCAUGAGUUGGGUUGAACCUUGACGAGAGUUUUGUGGUGAAAGUUAAA